GUUAGAGCACAAAUAAAAUAUCAACACAUUGCUGCUCCGGUACCUCCUUCAUCUUCAAGAUCUCUGCUUGAAGACCCUCCAUUGGGUGACUGUUUUCCAGUAUAUUGGGAAGCACACUGCUAUUUAUCUUUCUUCUGUGAUGAUGCUUGUUAAGAACAAUUUAAGGAAGAAAAGGUUUAUUUUGGUCCUUGACCAUAUGUCUGUCCUCACUGGGAGAGAGAGGAAUAUUAGGCUCAUGGCCACAUUGUGUCCAUAGUCACCAAGCAGAGAGACACAAUAUUGGUAUCCAGCUUGUUUUCUUCUAGUUAUUCAUCAUGGGGCCUCAGUCUAUGGGAUGGAUGCACACACACGGAGAAUGUGUUUUUCCUCUUCCACCAGACCUCCCUUGAAACAUUCCUCUCAUGGAUGUAGGCAGAGGAGGUUCUAACUCCCAUCAAGUUGACAACUAAGAUCACCAUCACAGGAAGACUUGCUGGGUACCAGCUGGAGGAUGAGUCUGCCCAUUUGGAUGAAAUGCCACUGAUGAUGUCUGAAGAAGGGUUUGAGAAUGAUGAAAGUGAUUACCACACAUUACCUCGAGCCAGGCUCACACGAAGAAAAAGAGGACUAGAGUGGUUUGUCUGUGGUGGUUGGAAGUUCCUCUGUACCAGUUGCUGUGAUUGGCUGAUAAAUGUUUGUCAAAGAAAGAAAGAACUAAAAGCUCGAACAGUAUGGCUUGGAUGUCCAGAGAAGUGUGAAGAAAAACAUCCUAGGAAUGCUAUAAAAAAUCAGAAAUACAAUGUAUUUACCUUUAUACCUGGGGUUUUGUAUGAACAGUUCAAGUUUUUCUUGAAUCUCUAUUUUCUGGUAGUGUCCUGCUCACAGUUUGUACCAGCAUUGAAAAUUGGCUACCUCUACACCUACUGGGCUCCUCUGGGAUUUGUCUUGGCUGUUACUAUUGCACGUGAAGCGAUUGAUGAAUUUCGACGUUUUCAGCGAGACAAGGAAAUGAAUUCACAAUUAUAUAGCAAGCUUACAGUAAGAGUAUCCAUUUAUACCUGUAUUGGGCUUUAUGAGGUUGCCAUGGUGUUUUCUAUGUCUCUUUUAAAUUUUCCACUUAAAAGAAUUAAAUCUUUGGGUAAAGUGCAAGUGAAGAGUUCAGACAUACAAGUUGGUGACCUCAUCAUAGUGGAAAAGAACCAAAGAAUUCCAUCAGAUAUGGUCUUUCUUAGAACUUCAGAGAAAGCAGGUUCAUGUUUUAUCCGCACGGACCAGCUAGAUGGUGAGACCGACUGGAAGCUGAAGGUGGCGGUGAGCUGCACACAAAGGCUGCCAGCCCUAGGGGACCUUUUUUCUAUCAGUGCCUAUGUUUAUGCUCAGAAACCACAACUGGAUAUUCAUAGUUUUGAAGGAACAUUUACCAGGGAAGACAGUGAUCCUCCCAUUCAUGAAAGUCUCAGUAUAGAAAACACAUUGUGGGCAAGCACCAUUGUUGCAUCAGGUACUGUAAUAGGUGUUGUCAUUUAUACUGGAAAAGAGACUCGAAGUGUAAUGAACACAUCCAAUCCAAAAAAUAAGGUUGGUUUGCUGGACCUUGAACUCAAUCAGCUGACAAAGGCGCUAUUUCUGGCCUUAGUUGUUCUUUCUGUUGUUAUGGUAACCUUACAGGGAUUUGCAGGUCCAUGGUACCGUAAUCUUUUUCGGUUCCUCCUUCUCUUUUCCUACAUCAUUCCUAUAAGUCUGCGGGUAAACUUGGACAUGGGCAAAGCAGCAUAUGGAUGGAUGAUUAUGAAAGAUGAGAAUAUUCCUGGGACAGUUGUUCGGACCAGCACAAUACCAGAGGAACUUGGACGCUUGGUGUACUUACUGACAGACAAAACAGGGACUCUCACUCAGAAUGAGAUGGUAUUCAAGCGGCUCCAUCUGGGCACUGUCUCCUACGGAACAGACACUAUGGAUGAAAUCCAGAGCCACGUCUUCAAUUCCUACUUGCAGCAUCCUGUUUUAAAGGUACACUCCCAAGCAAGUGGGCACAACCCAAGUUCUGCUCCACUGAGAAGAAGCCAGUCUUCAACCCCUAAAGUUAAAAAAAGCGUCAGCAGCAGAAUCCACGAAGCAGUGAAAGCCAUCGCCCUUUGUCACAACGUCACUCCUGUGUACGAAGCUCGAGCUGGAGUCACUGGGGAGACAGAGUUUGCGGAAGCAGACCAAGACUUCAGCGAUGAGAACCGCACCUACCAGGCGUCCAGCCCUGAUGAGGUGGCACUGGUGCGGUGGACAGAGAGUGUCGGGCUCACUCUGGUCAGCAGGGACCUUGCUUCCAUGCAGCUGAAGACCCCCAGUGGCCAGGUCUUGACUUACUGCAUCCUGCAGAUGUUUCCCUUCACCUCUGAGAGCAAGCGGAUGGGCAUCAUUGUCAGAGACGAAUCCACAGCAGAAAUCACAUUCUACAUGAAAGGUGCUGACGUCGCAAUGUCCACCAUUGUCCAGUACAAUGACUGGCUAGAAGAAGAGUGUGGAAACAUGGCUCGUGAGGGACUUCGGACCCUUGUGGUGGCCAAGAGGACUCUGACAGAAGAGCAGUACCAGGACUUUGAAAGCCGAUACAGUCAAGCCAAACUGAGCAUCCAUGACCGGACCCUGAAAGUAGCUGCAGUUGUGGAAAGCCUGGAGAGGGAGAUGGAGCUAUUGUGCCUCACUGGGGUGGAGGACCAACUGCAAGCUGAUGUGAGGCCCACACUCGAGAUGCUGCGGAAUGCAGGAAUCAAGAUUUGGAUGCUAACAGGCGAUAAACUGGAGACAGCUACCUGCAUUGCCAAAAGCUCACACUUGGUGUCCAGAACUCAAGACAUUCAUGUUUUCAGGCCAGUUACCAAUCGGGGAGAGGCCCAUUUGGAGCUGAAUGCAUUUAGAAGGAAGCACGAUUGUGCUCUAGUCAUAUCUGGGGACUCUCUGGAGGUCUGCCUGAGGUACUACGAGCAUGAACUUGUGGAGCUGGCCUGCCAAUGCCCUGCUGUGGUCUGCUGCCGCUGCUCACCCACCCAGAAGGCCCACAUCGUGACCCUGUUGCGCCAGCAUACCAGAAAGCGCACCUGUGCCAUCGGUGAUGGAGGAAAUGAUGUGAGCAUGAUCCAGGCAGCAGACUGUGGGAUUGGGAUUGAAGGGAAGGAGGGGAAGCAGGCUUCACUGGCAGCGGACUUCUCCAUCACACAGUUCAGACACAUCGGCAGGCUCCUCAUGGUGCAUGGGCGGAACAGCUACAAGCGGUCUGCAGCACUCGGCCAGUUUGUCAUGCACAGGGGCCUCAUCAUCUCCACCAUGCAGGCUGUGUUUUCUUCAGUCUUCUACUUUGCAUCUGUCCCGCUGUACCAGGGAUUCCUUAUGGUUGGGUAUGCCACUAUCUACACCAUGUUCCCAGUCUUCUCCUUAGUGUUGGACCAAGAUGUGAAGCCGGAAAUGGCAAUUCUCUACCCAGAGUUGUACAAGGACCUCACCAAGGGGAGAUCCCUUUCCUUCAAGACCUUCCUCAUUUGGGUUUUGAUCAGUAUUUACCAAGGUGGCAUCCUCAUGUACGGGGCCCUGGUGCUCUUCGAGGCGGAGUUCGUCCACGUCGUGGCCAUCUCCUUCACAGCACUCAUCCUGACUGAGCUGCUCAUGGUAGCGCUGACUAUCAGGACGUGGCACUGGCUGAUGGUCGUGGCGGAGUUCCUCAGUCUGGGCUGCUAUGUUGCCUCACUUGCUUUUCUAAAUGAGUAUUUUGGUAUAGGCAGAGUAUCUUUUGGCGCUUUCUUAGAUGUUGCCUUCAUCACAACCGUGACCUUCUUGUGGAAAGUGUCCGCCAUCACUGUGGUCAGCUGCCUUCCACUCUACGUGCUCAAGUACUUGAAGCGAAAGCUGUCCCCUCCCAGCUACUCCAAGCUGUCCUCCUGAGUGUGACAAGAGGCCAGGUAGAGACCCUCGUGCGCUGGGCAGCAUGAGGGCCUGGCACUGCCGGGGGGCUGAGGGCUGCGCUCCCCGGCCUUCCUCCCAGUGUCUGUGCUGAAGCAGCAGGAACAGCUACUGAAGGGAAGUGAUUGCUUCAGCACGGCUGGGCAGGCUUCCGUGCCUGAGCAUCCGAAGCCUGAUUGCCAGCACCCGGCUCCUUUCUUUGAUGGUGUGCUGUAGAAAGCCAUUCCUGCUCAGACGGGAGAUGCCAUGCCUGCACAUGCCACUGAGCCUCAGCAGACAGUGGGCCUGCUCGUCCACGCUCUGCCGCUGGCACACUCCUCUUCAGAUGCAGUUUCGCUUCUCAGUGGACAAUACACACAUAACAAGCCCAAUGGCCAAGCGGUGACACUUCUGAUAUCCUAAUUCCGUUGCAGCUAUGAAUGUAAACCAUUCCUCACGACACUGCUGUUAGCUGGUACAUUUUUAUAUCUGUAAAACCAUAUUCAACCCGUUUACGUAGAACUCAGCUGUCCUGUGUCACUCACAGUACCACAGUGCUUUGCUUCCUUCGUAGGUGUCCCUAGUCCACCCGGGCUUCAUACUCUCGGCACUCGUCUGAGCUUGUGACGGCAGAUCCUCUGUCGAAGGCUGCACUGAGGGCUGAUGGGGGUUCCUUGGAGGGAUGCUGGUUAGAGUUCGCCCCAUGCAUUGUGUGUGCAGCUCUGCACUGGGCAGUGUGUGCCCACCACACAGUGGCUCUCGGGACCUCAGCUCUUCACACUGUAAAGCAGGCUGUGGGAGUCUCCUUUGCACUAGUUUUUGUAUGUGUCUAUGCUCUUCCGCUUGACUCCCCUCAAAUGUGGGCCCCUAAGACCCCGCGAUCUUUGGGGAAGGACAAGCUGUGUGAGUGGAGUACUGAGGAUAUUGCCCUAGCAGGCCAUGGUCUGGGCAGGACCCUCCACCUAGGCUCCUGUGAGUGAGCACUGCUUUUCAGAGGAGAAACUCUUGGGCUGCAAAUAAAGCUUCAUCUGUCCCUACA